AUGGCUAAAGCCCUCAAUAGCAAUUACUUAUCAAUUAGGUCCAGGAGCAAGAACAAGCAGCAGGUACCUUUUGUUAUCUUGAACAGUAACCAGGAUAUUGUGUUUUUGAUUCUGGACAAGCUCAAACCCAUUGACCUUCUCCGCUUUGCUGCAGUUUGCAAGGAAUGUCUGGCUCUUUCGAAAGAAUACAACCUCACAGCUCAACGAUGGAGUAAUCAAGUGGUUCCCAUGCUCUCGACCCUUAAGGAGGAAAAGCUAAGACUCUACAGUGCAUGUCUGUGUGCAGGAAAAAUUUACGACAACAUUCAGUUAUCAGUUCCUCCUGAUAAGAGCUUCUGCGGCUCUAGCCAUGGUUGGUUAGCCACAGUAGAUACAUUCAACACAUAUGUUGUGAAGCCUGUGUGGUUAUACAACUCUGGAACCCUUUCGGAAAAGCUGCAGGGUCUCCUCUUUGUCUUCCUUCCUUGCAGUACGUGUUGCUGGUGCUAUGACCUUCGAAAGGUUAUCCUGUUAGUUGAUCCAUCUAUGAAUGGGGAUAACAAUUAUAUGGUUGUAGCACUCACCACUUACAACUUGGCUCUCUUCAGAGCAGGCCAAAAAGAUUGGACUUGCAUUCGGAAUUUAAAAGAGUGUAACGAUGUUGUACUCUAUAAAAGUCGAAUCUAUGGAGUUGGACGGAGGAGGUGUCUUUGGUCAUUGAAAGUUAAUCACAGCAGUACUGAAACCCAUUCAAGUCCGCCAUCGACAGAACUAAUUGCACCCGAGAAUUGUACUGAUUAUAAGCUAGAGCGAGGGUAUAUUGUGGAAUCAAAUACCACAGGAGACCUAUUGCUUGUUCAGAGAACUUGUAAUCUGCAAACGCCAUAUCCCUAA